AUGCUGUCACAAGCUCUAGCCAUCCAUGGAAGGCGCUCCAAUACACCUUUCCUUCUCUCAACGGAGUCAUUCGAUACACAUGUCCAUGUAUUCGAUCCCAAGCUAGGCCCAUAUGCUGCAGGGAGAGCAUAUACCCCCGAGGAUGCACCGCUGCAAAAGUUACUGGCGUUGAAUCAGAGCCUAGCAAGGGAUUACAACAAUACUACUCUUGUCUUGGUUCAGCCAUCGCCUUACAAGAACGACUGCACGGUUAUGAUGCAUUGCCUGCGAGAAUUGAGGGAUAGAGGCAUCAGAUCGUUUGGAAUCGCAGUGUUAGAUAUCGACACUAUUACCGAUGCGCAACUGAACGAAAUGCACGCCCUUGGAGUGCGAGGUAUUCGACUCAACUUCCAAGCCGAUGGGAAAGAUGUCGACAUUACACAUUUGAUAAGCCUUUUGAACCGUACUGCAGACCGCAUACGCUAUCUUCCCAGCUGGGCGAUUCAGUUGUUCGUUCCAGGAUGGACAUGGGACCUUCUGCAUGAUGCUGUUCGUGAGCUCCCCGUAAAGGUUAUUGCAGACCAUCUAGGUGGCUUGCGUGGCACAUCCAAGCUACCUUCGGAGUUACAAUCGACGCCAACGUCCCAACCGGGAUUCCGCUCCCUCUUGUCAUUAGCAAGGCAAUCGAUGGUCUACGUAAAGGUUUCCGGUUUAUAUCGUAUGUCAGAUCACUCAGCCUCGACCUUUGAUGACCUGCAGCCUAUCGUGCAGGCAAUGGCGAGAGAAAUUCCUGAUCAGGUUAUUUGGGGAAGCGAUUGGCCACACACGGGCGAUGGACACAACCGGGUAAAAAGGUCAAUAGAAAGCAAAGAACCAUUUAGGAUGAUCGACAGCCAUGCAAUUCUCCAAAGAUUGCAUGACUGGAUGGGAGAUGAUGCCUACUGGAAGAUGAUGGUGGAUAACCCGGGCCGACUGUAUAUUGAUUGA